AUGCAUGGUCUCAUCAGAAGCACUACAUUUGUUAAGAUUCCCGCGACAAAUGCCAUCAUCUGCCAUCGGUUGUUCCGGUCAGGACUCGAAGGCUAUGCUGAACUCGUCGAGAUAUACGCUCGCGAUCGAGCGUUGCAACAUGGCAAGAAACUUCACGCGCACCUAAUCACCAGCGGCUUGGCUCGUUUCAACGUCAUUGCAUCCAAUCUCGUGGCCUUGUACGCGCGCUGUGGUCAACUAUCCCUUGCGCGAAAACUGUUCGACAAAAUUCCCAGAACAAAUGUUCGCCGCUGGAUAGCACUUAUUGGCACUUGUGCUCGCUGCGGCUUCUAUGAGCACGCUCUGGCCGUGUUCUCUGAGAUGCAAACAACCCAAGAGCUGAAGUCCGACAACGUAUUUGUGAUUCCAAGCGUUCUCAAAGCUUGUGGCCACAUCGGUGACCGGAUCAUGGGAGAGAAAAUACAUGGCUUAAUUUUGAAGUGUUCCUUCCACCUAGAUGCUUUUGUGUCUAGUGCUUUGAUUGUUAUGUACUCUAAGUGCGCGAGAGUCGAAGAUGCACGUAAGGUGUUUGAUGGAAUGACUGUGAAAGAUUUAGUGGCUCUAAAUGCUGUUGUUUCUGGGUAUGUUCAACAUGGCCUUGUAAAUAAGGCACUGGAUUUGGUGGAAAUUAUGAAGUUGAUGGGUGUCAAUCCAAAUGUAGUAACUUGGAACACUUUGAUAUAUGGGUUUUCACAAAAAGGUGAACAAGCAAUGGCAUCUGAGAUUUUUAGGUUGAUGAUUGCAGAUGGUGUUGAGCCUGAUGUGAUAUCAUGGACUUCUGUUAUAUCUGGUUUUGUGCAGAACUUUCGUAAGGAUGAAGCAUUUGAUACGUUUAAGCAAAUGUUGCGUCAUGGGUUUUGUCCAACUUCAGCUACUAUCAGCGCCCUUAUUCCUGCUUGUGCUACUGCAGCAAGAGUGAGGAUUGGGAAGGAGAUUCAUGGCUACGCGCUGGUGAUUGGGGUGGAGGAAGAUGUAUAUGUAAGGAGUGCUCUGGUUGAUAUGUAUGCAAAAUGUGGGUUCAUUGCUGAAGCGAGGACUCUGUUUUGUAAGAUGCCAGACAAGAACACAGUUACAUGGAACUCUAUCAUUUUUGGUCAUGCGAAUCAUGGUUAUUGCGAGGAAGCUAUAGAGCUCUUCAAUCAGAUGGAGAUGGAAGGGGGAGCCAAGCUGGAUCAUUUAACUUUCACGGCAGCUCUCACCGCAUGUAGCCAUGCUGGAGAUAUUGAACUUGGGCAUAGGCUAUUCAAGACUAUGCAAGAAAAAUACAAUAUUCAGCCAAGACUGGAGCAUUAUGCAUGCAUGGUGGAUCUUCUUGGUCGAGCAGGGAAUCUCGACGAAGCAUAUUGCAUGAUCAAGACAAUGCCUGUUGAACCUGAUUUAUUUGUGUGGGGUGCAUUACUUGCUGCUUGUAGAAAUCAUGGGCAUGUGGAGCUUGCAGAAGUGGCUGCUAAGCAUUUGUUGGAAUUAGAGCCCGAGAGUGCUGGGAACCGUCUUCUAUUGUCCAGCCUAUAUGCCGAUGCUGGAAAAUGGGGAAAGGUUGAGAGGAUCAAGAAAAUGAUGAAGAAGGGAAAACUCAGAAAAUUACAAGGAUUGAGUUGGAUAGAUAAUGUAUAAUAUUAUAGGUAAGUAAAUGAUUCUUUCGAGCUGGAGGUUCCUUUGCAAUUUGCUACAUUUCUGUCGGUAGCUAGAAGCCACGGGUUUUGCAUCUUCAAAACGAAGAUGGUGGCAAACCUCUAGAAACAAUUUUGGAUGUAUUGUUUCCUUCUCCUCAUCAGGCAACAGUUCAGUACCCUUUUGGGAGGCACCAUUGGACCUAAAGAAUAUCUUUAUUUAUCAUAUGUGCCUGCAUCUCUCGGGAACCAAAUCUUAAUUAUGUAUUCUAAUUUAGAGUUUUAGACAAAAACCGCAAAGGUUGCUGAGGCAGCA